UUUCAGCGAAGAUUAAGUAGAAAGGUAGGAGUGUGUUUGUCUGACAUUGUCUGCGCAGCGCUCAGUCUACGCGACCCGGUUUGAACCGUCGAUCAUUUUUCGCAGACCAAUGACGCGGUCGCGGUUUUAAUACUUCAUCAUUUUUAUCAGUCUGACAUGUCAUUUUUGCCCCAGUCAGAUUUUUACCCCAAGUCAGAUGCCGACUCUGACGGCUUAUCGCUGCUGUACUGGACCAUCAUGGGCCCACAUGGGUCCAAUCGUGCGGUACAGAGGCUGGACUUCUCCGACUGCAGACGGGGACUGGGGGUGAAGAUCAUUGGUGGCUACAGACAGGAGAGUAGAGAGGAGUUUGGCAUCUUCAUCAAGCGAGUGCUGCCUGGAGGAGUGGCUGCUCAGGACGGGCGGUUGCGGUCGGGAGACCUGCUUUUGGAUGUCAACAACAACAACUUGGCCGGAGUCACGAAUGAGAGGGCUGUAGAUGUUCUGCGUACGGCUUCAGCCUCCAACCGCAUGUCCCUGCUGGUUGCCCGGGACAACGAGUCCAGGAAGGAGUUCCGAGAACUAAUGCAGAAGUAUGGGUCUAGUAGCAGCCGAUGUGGAAGGACCUCUCCCCCAACUGUCUCCGCAGGGAAACUGACAGACACAGCCUCCUCUUCCUCCUCGUCUGCCUCCACCAGUCCUCUACUGCUCAGCCCUGCCUGUACUGUACCACAGACAUCCCCCCACACAUUAAGCGACUGCGUUAUACAGCUCAUAUGUGUUGCCAAGGGAACUGGCCUGGGCCUCCUCAUCAAGGGCGGGACCAACAGGCCCGAGGGGCCAAUGGUGUUCAUCCAGGACGUCAUGGCAGGGGGAGACUGCCAGAAGGACGGGCGUCUGAAAGCGGGGGACCAGCUCAUCUCCAUCAAUAAAGAGUCCUGCAUCGGAGUCACAUAUGAGGAGGCCCAAAGCAUCAUCAUCCGCUCCAAACUCAGGCCAGACCCAACAGUGGAGAUUGCAUUCAUCAGACGGCACUCCUCAUCCAGCUCCAGUGGCAGCCCCGUCUUCAUGUCCGCCACCUGUGGGGGGACCCAGCCUCGACCCCCCGGCGCAGAGACGCUCUCUCGACCCACCACCUCCGGCCUCCUGCGAAAGGUUACCCCCGUCCCCAGCGCAGGCAACAAGACCCUGCCCACACUCACACUUAGCCAGGUCGCUGCCGUGUGUGUGAAGGCUGACGAUGGGCCUGUCUCACCCCCAGACAGUGAGUGCAGCACUGUGGCCAGCACUGAUGCUGCCAUCACUCUGCCCUCGCAAGCCAAUCAGAGCGCAUGUAACCCAAGUCCUGCCUCAAGCCCCACCUCCAGUCCCAACAAGCCACUCCCACUGGACAAAAUGGAACAGGUGUUGGGGUUGAAGCCCAUAGAGGUACAGAGGCAGAACCUGAGGGAGAAUCUGAGAGCUGCGCCAUCUGGAGGCAUUGCACACGGAGAUUUCGAGACCAUCACCCAGGAGCUGUUCAGGGUGAGGGCCGAUCCAUCGGCUUCAGGACAGGAGGAGGCGAGGUCAGCGUCUGAUGACCUCACGUCAGAGACGUCGUCACAGCUACAGGGCUCCUUGUCUGACUCGGAUGACCUGGAUGAGAUGGAGAGAGUGAGGAAAGAACACAUAGAAGCCCUCAGAGAGAUCAAGAGGCUGCAGGAUAAACUGUCUGAAUCAGAGAGCAAACAGCGCCUCCUAGUGGAGCAGCUGGCCAGCGCCAAACAGGACGUGAAGGCGGUGGCGGAGGAGAGCCGUGUCCUGCGGGGUCGCGUGCAGCAGGCUGAGGUGGCGCAGGAGGAGGUGCGGGGGAUGGAGAUGGACUAUGAGGAGGUGGUGCACCUGCUGGAGGCCGAGAUCGCCGAGAUGAAGACCCAGCGUGCCGACGGAACCAGACCAAAGGAGCCGCAGGACCUGAGGAAGAAAGUGGCUGUGCUGGAGUGCCACCUGAGGAAGACGGAAGCAGCUCGCAAAGGCUUUGAGUCCUCCACACGCAAACUGCUGACUUACAUGGAGGCUGUUCAGGAGUUCCUGGUGGAGAAUCCCGUUCCGGUCAGAAGCUGCGGACCGUUGGGCGAGCCCAAGAUGGGUUCCUCGUCUCCGUCUCCGUCUCCGGUCCUCGGCGCCCGUAGCGGAAAGAGGCCAGCGUGGACGGCCGCCAUGCUCGCCACGGAGGCUCGAGAGGUCACGCGCUCAGUCAAAGCUAUCCUGGAGGCAGACUGCUUGCCAAACGGAUGGGAGGAGGCAUAUGCUGCAGACGGAGUGAAAUACUACAUCAACCACCUGACUCAGGCGACGGCGUGGACGCACCCUGUGACCAGCGCUCUCGGUCUGUGUGAGACGUCAGGCGGGGACCCGGCAGCCAGCACACACACACACACAGCCCACACUGCCAGAGGCCUGCAUAGCAGCCAGCAGGAACACUCCACCAGCCCGCAGAAAACAAUGGCUUUCCCUCUGUGUGUCUCCCAUUCAACAAGUUCAACAAAGUCUUAAACAAACACCAGAAUUCAGCCCAACAGACUCUCCCUCCCUCCCUCCCUUUCUCUAUCUCUCUCUCUCUCUCUCUCUCUCUCUCUCUACCCCCCCCCCCCCCUCUCUCUCUCUCAGAGCAUGUCUUUGAAGGCAUCCCAUGUCAUUCUUCACGAGGCUGUGUGUAUUUUUACGCUCUUUGUGACGUGUUGCUUUCUUCGAGCUGAGCGACUGAAAAGCCGUCCGUGUCGGUCUGUCAGCAGCCCCUUCAUUCUCCAAACCUCACGCACAGACACACACACACACACACACAAACACACACACAGACACACGUACACACACACACACAC